AUGGCUGCUCGACUACGUCGCGGAGAUAUUCCUUGUCGUGGUGCUAACCUUGGCGGUUGGCUAGUCGCUGAGCACUGGUUGACUUGGGACUCGAGUUUGUGGCACGGCGUGCCCGACGAGAUCAAGAACCGAGGGGAAUUCGCGAUUAUGAAGUUUUUGGGCCAUGAAGAGGGCGACCGCCGGUUUGAUGAACACAGGCGAACGUGGGUCACGGAGGACGAUAUUGCCGAGAUGAAACGGUUCGGGCUCAACACCGUGCGAGUACCUGUGGGCUACUGGAUUAUGGGUUUUGAUCCGACCGACUUCCCUAACAAGCAAGAGUGGGCGGUGUUUGCUCCUCAUGCACUACGGUAUUUGGAUGAGUUGGUAAACCGUUGGUGUGUAAAAUACGAUAUCGCAGUGAUCGUGGACAUUCACGCAGCUAAAGGUUCCCAAAAUGGCCGCGAGCACAGCGCUGCAGUCGCAAAUGGAGCCAAGUACUGGUGUCAAUACCCGGAAAAUGUGAACAAUACGGUACACCUGGCCAAAUUCUUGGCUUCACGAUAUCGCGACUGUCCUGCCUUCCUUGGCGUUGGUCUUCUCAAUGAACCUGAGGCUCCAACAGAACAACGUGUACUUCAAGCCUACUACGAGCGUGCAUACUCUGAGAUUCGUGCAACUGGGAAUGACUGUGUGUUGACCGUGUCACCGCUGUUAACAGAGCAGGGACCUCCAUUCAUGGAGGACUUCAUGCGCUACCCAAAGUACUACAAUGUAUGGCACGAAUGGCAUCCCUAUUUUAUCUGGGGCUAUGAAGGUCAGAAUCGCAAUCAUGUGCUGCAAGCUAUCCGCCGUUAUGGAAAUCAAGUCUCUUCUUGGAAGGGAAAUUGGCUUCUCAUCGACGAGUGGAGUUUGGGUUCUCAAGAGUGUGCCUUUACAAGUAAAGACCGUAAUGGACUCAAGCAAUUCGCGUCGGCGCAACUUGAAGCGUUCAGCAAGGCUCACGCGGGAUGGAUAUUUUGGUCUUGGCGCCAUUCGGAUGACGGACACAACCGUCCGACGGGUUGGUCGAUGCGGCAGUUGCUGCGUGAUGGUGUGAUAAAGCUGAAUGAAGCGUAA